AUGAUUGCGCUGUCGGAUGUUUGCGUUUCUGGUCAGUGGCUAAGUGCGAUCCUCCUCAGCCUGGGCUUCUUCCUACCGCCGUGUUUGCCCGCGGGACAAACUGUGGACUAUUCCUCCGUGGAAAGUGUGGUCAGCAGGCAAGGCGACACGGCUCUACUCAGGUGCUACCUGCUGGAUGGGAUCUCAAAAGGAGCCUGGCUGAACCGUUCAAGCAUAAUUUUUGCAGGGAAUGAUCAGUGGUCUGCAGACCCACGUGUGUCCAUUGUGUCCAGUGUUGGUGACAAGCAUGAAUACAGCCUUCAGAUACAGAAAGUGGAUGUAACAGAUGAUGGUCAGUACACAUGCUCAAUUCAAAGUGAGCGUAACCUUCGACCUAAACUUCUCAACCUCAUUGUUAAAGUUCCUCCCAAGAUAUAUGACAUUUCCUCUGACAUCACGGUAAACGAGGGCAGCAAUGUGUCACUCAUCUGCACGGCCAGCGGGAAACCUGAACCAGCUAUUUCCUGGAGACACAUAACCCCAUUAGCCAGGAAAUAUGACAGCGGUGAAUAUCUUAACAUCACUGGCAUCACAAGGGACCAGGCUGGAGACUAUGAAUGCAGUGCUUUAAAUGACAUUGCCUCUCCUGACACCAAAACAGUAAAAGUCACAGUCAACUUUGCCCCAUCCAUCCAUGAGAUGAAAAGCCAUGGAGUUGGAUUGGGACGUACUGCUCUGCUGAGGUGUGAGGCUGCUGCUGUGCCUUCGCCAACUUUUGAGUGGUACAAAGGGGAGAAAAGGAUUAUCAAGGGCCCUGGCAUCGACAUCAAGAACCUCAGUUCCAGAUCAGUCCUCUCGGUGACCAACAUGACAGAGGAUCGUUACGGGAACUACACAUGUGUUGCAACUAAUAAGCUUGGGACUGCUAAUGCCAGUGUGCCUCUCAUCCCAAUUAUUGAACCCACCACCACUAGUGCUGUCUCAAGGCCAGCGCCCAACACUGCGCCCUAUGGGAGCACAGCAACUGCGCCCGUCCCGCUGGCCUGCCAGUACCUAGUCCUGGCUCUGACCACCUUGAUGGCCGCGUACUAG